GUAUAUAUUUCAAACUCAUAUAUAUUAACUUCUUCUACGUACGUCAACAUACAUAUUCAAAACCACCAAACCUAGCUAGAUAAUUCUCUUUCACUCUCUCUCUCUCUCUCUGGCCCUCACCAGCAAAACUUUCUUUCACAUAUUGAGAAGCAAAGAAAUGGUCAAAACAAAAAAAAUCUUCUCCCUCGUAAUCUUCUCAACUUUCAUUCUCCAUUCACUUUCCAUCUCCACAGACACAUUCCUCUACGGUGGGUGCACACAAGAAAAAUACACCCCAACCUACGAAUCCAACCUAAACUCACUCCUCACAUCCCUAAUCAACUCAGCAACCUACACAUCCUACAAUAACUUCACCAUCAUCUCCUCAAACCCUAACGACAUCGUCUACGGCGUCUACCAAUGUCGCGGCGACAUCUCCAUGCCAGACUGCUCCUCCUGCAUUGCACGUGCCGUCUCACGCACCGGUGACAUAUGUCCUGGCGUGUGCGGCGGCGUAGUGCAACUAGAAGGGUGUUAUGUGAAAUAUGACAAUGUUAAGUUUUUAGGCAUGCAAGAUAAAACGAUUGUGUUGAAGAAAUGUGGGCCUGAAGUAGGGUAUGACCCGGGUACGAUAGAUGCUGUGUUGGGUGGGUUGGCGGGUUCAGGUGGGUUGUUUAGGGUUGGUGGUUCGGGUCAGUUGAAGGGAAUGGCACAGUGUGUUGGGGAUUUGAGUUUUGUGGAGUGUCAAGAUUGUGUUACAGAGGCAAUCCGACGGUUGAGAAAUGAUUGUACUUCUGGGGAUUAUGGAGAUAUGUUCUUGGGGAAGUGUUAUGCAAGGUACUCUACUGGUGGUGCUGGUGGGGCACAUGCUUACUCCAAGCCUCAUGGUAAAUCAGACCACGAUGGUGAGAAGACAUUUGCCAUAAUUAUUGGAUUAUUAGCAGCUGUAGCUAUACUCAUUAUUUUCCUAGCUUUCUUGAGAAGGAUUUGUGAGGGACAAGGUAAAUGAGUUGAUUAAAGUUUGUCAAACUUAUGGCAUAUCUAGCAUUGAGCCACUGAUCAAUUCUCAGCCUUUCUUCUCCUUUGCAAAUUUGCUUUUGGAAUCUCUUCUGUUCUCCUUUUUAUCUUCUCAAAUACCAAUGUCUUAUCUUUUCUUGCCCUCAAUUCUUAUAUUGCUAUUUUCUAUUAUAAAAUUACAUUCAAAAGACUAAAGAGGUCUUUGAUAAAGAUAACAUUAGAAAAAGAUGCACCAUUGGGGACAUCCAUGUGAAUAUAAAAGGCAAAAGGAAAGAGGAACAAAAGAGUGCCAAAUAUUCUAUUUUUCUUAACCCUUCUCCACUCAACAAAGUUGUGUUGUAACUUGUUUCUUCUCCUUGCAAAUUAAGAAAUAAUUGUAUCAUUCUUUGUUUUUUGAAA